UCGCGCGGAGCCGACCUGAGCCACGCCGAGGGCGCCGAGCGCGGCGACCGCCCCCGAGCACCCAUGCUGCUGACGCUGGCCUGGGGCUCGCUCUUCUUCCCCGGGCUCUUCGCGCUCUGCACCUGGGGGCUGCGCCGCGCGCGCCCCGCAUGGAGCGACAGCGACUGCGUGAUGAUCAGCACCAGGCUGGUUUCUUCGGUGCAGGCUGUGUUGGCCACCGGGUCAGGGAUCGUCAUCAUCCGCUCCUGCAGCGACGUGAUCACGGACAGGCACUGGCUUGCCCGAGAGUAUGUCUGGUUCUUGAUUCCGUACAUGAUCUAUGACUCCUACGCCAUGUACCUCUGUGAGUGGUACCGAACCAGAGACCAGAACCACAGACACUCCCUCACCACUUUUCGAAACUUCCUAAGUAAAAAUCGCCUCAUGGUUGCGCACCACGCAGUCAUCCUGUUUGUCCUUGUGCCAGUUGCACAGAGGCUUAGGGGAGACCUUGGGGACUUCUUUGUUGGCUGCAUCUUCAUGGCAGAACUGAGCACUCCGUUUGUGUCACUGGGCAGAGUCCUGAUUCAGCUAAAGCAGCAGCACACCCUUCUGUACAAAGUGAAUGGAAUCCUCACGCUGACCACCUUCCUUUCCUGUCGGAUCCUCCUCUUCCCUUUCAUGUACUGGUCUUAUGGCCAACAGCAGGGACUCAGCCCACUCCGAGUGCCAUUCAGCAUCCCUUUCUACUGCAAUGUGGCCAAUGCCUUCCUCAUCGCUCCCCAGAUCUACUGGUUCUCUCUGCUGUGCAAGAAAGCAACCCGGCUCUUUGACACCGCCCCAGCCAAAAAGGAUGGCUAAUUGCUCCCGGAAGUCAGGCAGUGAGGGUACCUCCUCACACCAGCUGCCUCCUCCACUCAGUAUUCCACGGACCAAAUUGUGCCCUGGGUGGCCUCAGCCUUUUGAGUAUUGAAUGAUAAGCAGAUAGAUGGGUUUGUUUUUCUAAAGAACAUUCAUAUUACUUCCCUCUUCUAACCUGCCCCUUUUGCAAAAGCACUUUUUUCUAAGUAACAACAAUUGGAUCCUAUCAGACCUCCAUUGGCAGCAAGGUGGUUUUAAUGCAAGCCCAAGGAUCUUUCCUUGGGUCCCACCUCAAGGGUUCUGGGAGGUAGAAGCAUGGGGUGUGGAGACAGGUGGACUAGGGUGAUAAGUGUCUGGGUACCCACCUGGCCCUAAAUAUUUGGUGGCUACCCACCUUUCCAACCACUCAGGGCAGUAUCUACGCUUACUAGGCCAGCAGCAAGUGAUGACUUGGUUCUUGAUAAGUUCUCUCCUCGUGAUGUUGGCCCAGGAAAAUCAUUGUAGGUAGGUAGUUUUUUACUGUGUACUAGAUAACCCAUUGGUCCCAUGCCUUAUCCUGCCAUCCAGGUGCCAACAUUGAACUCCUAUGUCCACUGACUUCCAUUCACAAGUCUCACUGGCACGGGGGUAAGAGGCAGGGAAGGGGACCUGAAGCACAUGAGUAGGUGGGGAGGCUGAUAGCUCAGCGCCAUUGUAGGCUGACUUGGGAAGACCAGCAUCAAACUUGUGAGCUUGUUGUAAAGCCACAAAAACUAUUCCUUUCUUAGCAUGUCCCCUCAAACCCAGCUUUCACCAUAUCCAGACACACAGGAUGCUGUUAAAAACUGUAGGGGUAAAGUGACAUGGUGCCUAUCAAGCUCUUUCCUGGGUAACCCCACUCUUUGACAUUGUCCGUUUCAUAGGACAUGGAAACGGGCUUCUGUAUUCCAAACUGUGAGAGGUCUCAUCCACACUGCCUCCCAAUAAGCCAGAGCUUGUGUUCCAAAGCCUGUUCUUAAAGGAACAUACUGCCACUUUGCCACAGAAGGCUGGAGAGUAAGAGUGCGAGAGAGCCCUGGCCAAAAUACAUCCUGUGGACUGACUCACCUACCAUUUGCAAACAGGAUCCUCUGGUGCCAAUACUAAUUAUUCCUCAUCUAGGAUGGGUUUUAGAAACUGCUACCAAGAAGGUUUUUUUUUUUUUUUUUUUUUUUUUAAAGUGGUAGUAAAGAUCUAAAUGUUUUAAAGUGCCUUUUAAUUCACUGUUUUCCGUGAACUUUUAAAGUACUGAAUGUGUGUCUCAAAUUCUAUUUCAGUCUUUAAUAGGUGCCAUUUAAAAAAUGUCAAAUGCUGUAAUUUUUUUUACCAUUUUUGUUUACUGUCAUAUCUUUAUAAAUCACCCCUGUGGUGAUUAAAUUGCACUAAUGUUUCCUAA